AUGACGAUCGAUCAUUUAUUUUUUGUUUACUUAUGUAUAGCGGUAUCAAUAAUACAUACAAGUCAUUUUCGUGGCGGAACGAUUACAUGGCGUGCUUAUAAUAAGACUCCAUCAGGUUCCACAGCUUUUAUCAUUGUACGUGAACAAUGGUCAUGGCGCAACAGCUUUUUCACACCUCGUUGUAGUGCGGCUACUAUUGCUGCUAAAUCUCCUAUGAUUAGCAGUUCAGGAAAUGUGGCUUGUUUGAAUAGUAGUUGUGGCUAUUUCCCCAAUAUGAGUUUAUGGACAUAUUGCACUGAUUUUAGUGGACUGGCGGAUAUUUCUACCGGGGAGGAUUCUCGAACAUUAAGCAUACCGCUGAAUGUUUCAUUUAGUAUUGCUCAGACCGGUAGUAACACCUGGGCCCCUAAUCUUGUCUCUGGAAGUACAGGAGCGGUGAAUGUUGUCAGUCGAAUUAGCACUGUGCUUCGCCCAGAUGGUUAUAUUAAUAGUAGUCCGGUCGCUAUGAUUAUUCCGGUUAUUUACAAAGUUAUAAAUGUUCAACACGUAUAUGUUGUUCCAGUCGUGGACUAUGAUUUAACUGAUUCAAUAAGAUGCCGCUGGGCAACAAAUUCGCUGACUAAUAUUAAUGGAUUUAGUGAAUGCGGUGAUGUGUGCAAUGGUGUGCCUGGUGCUACUCUCAUUGAAAACAAUUGUACAAUUAUAUUUAAUCUUACAAUGGCUAAUGCGUAUGCAGCAGUAUUAUUACAAAUUGAAGAUUAUUUCAAUAGUUUGUCAACGGUGCCAAUGAGUUCGACUCCUCUUCAGUUUUUAUUCUAUGGCUAUUCUCCAAUAAGCAAUUGUACUACACCACCAGUCAUUAUUAACGGCCGGCCAGAUCGAUUGCACCUAGUGGAGUGUCUCUUACUCUCUCCAGUUGGCCUUCAGAAGAGUAGUAUUCUCAAUGUGGGAAUUGGUCAGUAUAUGCACCAGUUCGAUCACUUUCUUCGCUUUACCUCUAGUAUUUUAGAUGUCUACCAAAUCAAUGUAAACUGGAUUCCUACUAGUAAUCAAUCGGGCCCACAAGUUUUCUGUGCUUCUGCCAUAGAUAACACCUAUGUUUUAUCUAAUCAAUGGUGUAUCACGUUUCUGGUUGACUCCGUUGCACCUGUGAUCAUACGACCCACGCCUGCACCACCUGUCUUCAUUUUCCGAGAUCAAACUCUUUUCUCUUUACAAACGACACAAAAGUCCUACCGGCCCAGACGCUCCGGUGUUAAUAUUUAUUUUAACGACGCUAAUACAAGUACAAUUGUUCGAACGAUUGAUUGUAGUCGGGCACCAGAAGUGAUUUACGAGAAUACUACCAUCUUCAUUAAUUUUACUGCUUCGCCAUGGAUUUCUGGACACCUAUAUUAUGUUACGAUGGAUUCUGGUGUUGCCUCCGGAGAAGAUUUUUGUGGUGCCGAAUCUAGUCCGAUCACUGAUCCAAUAUUUUGGUCAUUUUACGUUCUGGAUCCAACAACGACAACUUCGACAAGUACCUCGAGCACUACGAGCACCGCCACAACUACAUCAACGUCUUCUAGCAGUACUACGAGUACCUCGUCAUCCUCCAGUACCUCAACAAGCACUACAUCAUCCUCGAGUAGCACCACAUCAUCAUCUAGUACCUCAACAAGCACUACAUCAUCAUCUAGUAGCACCACAUCAUCCACCAGUACCUCAACAAGUACUACAUCAUCAUCGAGCAGCACCACAUCAUCCUCAAGUAGUACCACAUCAUCCACCAGUACCUCAACAACCACUACAUCAUCCUCGAGUAGCACCACAUCAUCAUCCAGCAGCACCACAUCAUCCACCAGUACCUCAACAAGUACUACAUCAUCCUCAAGUAGUACCACAUCAUCAUCUAGUACCUCAACAAGUACUACAUCAUCCUCAAGUAGUACCACAUCAUCAUCUAGUACCUCAACAAGUACUAUAUCAUCAUCCAGUAGCACCACAUCAUCCUCCAGUACCUCAAUAAGUACCACAUCAUCAUCUAGUACCUCAACAACUACUACAUCAUCAUCCAGUAGCACCACAUCAUCCUCCAGUACCUCAACAAGUACCACAUCAUCAUCGAGCAGCACCACAUCAUCCACCAGUACCUCAACAACCACUACAUCAUCCUCGAGUAGCACCACAUCAUCAUCCAGCAGCACCACAUCAUUCACCAGUACCUCAACAACUACUACAUCAUCCUCAAGUAGUACCACAUCAUCCUCCAGUACCUCAACAAGUACCACAUCAUCAUCGAGCAGCACCACAUCAUCAUCUAGUACCUCAACAACUACUACAUCAUCCUCAAGUAGUACCACAUCAUCAUCUAGUACUUCAACAAGUACUACAACAACUAUUACGAACAGUGUAGUAUCAUGUUUUAUUCCACGAGUAACACUUACACCUAGUUCGUCUACACUAUUGUCUCCUAUUGAAGUUCGACGCAGCGAAAGUCUAUAUGUUGAUUCACUCAUUGAAUUUGCAUGUAAUAGUUCGUUAUCUAUCGUUGCCCAAUGGGCAAUUACAAGUUGUAGUUUGAACUGCUCAAAUCCAAUACAAUUGGAUUCGUCAAUAGAAACAACAUUAACUGAUUUAUACAUUCCGGAACGGACGCUACCAUACGGAACGUAUGAAUUAAAACUGAUCAUUACUACACUUAAUUUCUCCAGUGUGACGAUGACAUCAUCCGUGUAUGUACGAAUGAUUCAAUCAGAAAUUGAAGCAAAUCUAAUUGAAUACGGCACAUCAAUGAUCACACAUGCAAGAGGAGAAAAUUUGGAAUUGAAUCCUGGUCGAUUUUCGGUUAAUCCCGAUGAAAUCACUUUUAAUUUUACGGAUUGGACUUAUGAAUAUUAUUGUCGAAUCUACGGUUUCAGUGAUUUUCCAAGUCUAAAUGGCUCGCUAUUAACUAUCGACGAUAUGAGAAAUGAUGUAUCAAAUGCUUCAUGUUUAGCAAAUCGUGGAAAUCUUCUUUUCAACGAUUCCAUCAAAUCAUCCAUCGUUUUUCGAUCGAAUUCCUUAGAAUUAAAUCAGACAUACGAAUUUAUGGUUCGAAUGACAAAUCAUCAGAAUCCAUCUCUUCAGACAACUGGCUAUUUACUUGUCACAGUCGAUGACACUCGUCCAUAUACAGUUCUAAUCGGGUGUGUUAUUCGAACGAUAUGUUCACGCGACGUUGAAAUUCAACUUGUUAACCCAACAACUCAAGUCGCUCUAUUUUCUGUGUGCAAUGGCAACUGCAUGACAUUGCAACAGAUUACCUGGAAUGUUUAUUAUGGCGAAAGGAACUCAUCUUCGAAUGUCACCCAAUGGAUUUUGUUCAACGAAACAAGCGUUUGGUUUUUCGGGCAAAAUACAAGUAAUUUCACAGCAACCAAUGGUUUAUUCCUAGCGCAUCCUCAAGUUGCUUUGUGGCGAUUUGAAACUGUUUAUUCAUCUGUGAAUGACACAACUUCAAGUUCGUUAAUUUUCCGCAUUAAUCAGCCACCCGACAAUGGAUUCUGUUCCAUCGAUCCUCUCAAUGGUACAAUCAAUUCAAUAUUCACUGUUUCUUGCUCACAAUGGUUCGACAGCGACGAUAUUCGAGAUUACGCCCUUUAUGUAUGGACGAAUAACUCGGAGAAAAUCAUAGUCGCAUUUUCAUCUGACUCGACAUUUCAAGUUCGAUUACCGGCAAUUGAUAAUCAAACAUCAAUACUUCGCUUAUCCGUUCACAUUCGAGACAGAUUUUAUUGUACAACUGAAUACUUUUUAACCGAAGUUCAAGUUCGUACGGAUUCAAUGGCAAUUUCGAAUCUCAUUUCUCAAUUGCAAUAUCCAUCGACUGAAAUCACCACAAACCCGAUUGUUCGGUUACUUGCAAGUGAAAAUCAAAAUAUUGUUGGACAAUUGAUCAUUUCACUUUCACAAGAAUUCAAUCAAGUUAAUGAAGACCUGAUUGGCAAUGUCUUUUCGAACGGAAUACCAAAAACAAGUAUCUCAAUUUCAUCAUUGGGAGAACAAAUAUCACACGAAAAUUCAAUGUCAUUAUUGAACCAAUCCGCUUUGGAAGAAUAUGAAACAGAAGUGAACAUGUAUGCAAAUACUCGAGAAUAUUUGAUCAAAUCAAUAACAAAGCUUUCGAUAACCACGUCGAACAGUAUUAAAUUACAAGCGACAGCAUUAGCACAAUUAACUUCAGCAACUAAUCAAUUAACACGAACGACAUUGGCAAUCGCAUCGAAUCGAUGUUAUCAAUUGUCCAAUGUGUUAUUAUCCAUGUCAACGAGAAUUCCAUAUGAAGACGUUCAUAUGGCUGCAGCUCAGCUGAUGGAAUGUGCUGGAAAUGUUCUAGCUGGUGUAAAUGGGCCGUUACAAGAGCGAACAUCUGUACUAGAUUUGGAUUCAGCACGUGCAAGACAAUUUCCUGAUAAUUAUGACACCGAUGUGGAAUUUGAUUGGUCGAAUCCAAAUUUGUUUGCUGAUGGAAGUGACUUUUCAUGGGAGACGAUUGACGAGAAUCGCAAUCUCUACUAUCAAAAUCAGUUAGCUCAGCAAAUUCUCAAUGAAUACGAGGAAUUGAUGAGAUUAAUAAGUUCAUCAUUGAACAUUCAUUUAAAUAUCGGACAAAGCUUUGUUACAAACACAAGCCAGACAUUUAUGUCAAUCGAAGCCGUAUCAAUCAAUUCUGUAUCGAAUAAAUUGAUUCAACAAAGCGAUAAUGCACAAAUUCAACUUCCUGCAAAUGUUGUUCUCAACCAAAGUGCCGGUUCAACAGUCCUGAUUCGAUCAACAUUGGAGUCGCUUGCGACGGUUAUUCAGUGGAAAUCUUCGUCAAAAGAUACCAAUUUGUCUCGAUCGGUGACGCUUUCUCUGUUCGAUCGAGAUGAGAACGAACUUUCAAUUCAGACAAAUGUUUCAGAUCCGAUUCAAAUCUUCAUUCCUCGUGAUCCGAACCUGUUCGUUCCCGAAAUGGUUUUCCAAAAUGUGACUUCGAUGAAUUCAACUCCCCAUCAACAAGUCUUUUCUUUUCAUUAUGCCAACGUCACAAGUUCUGUCCCAAAAUCAAUUCAUUUUGAAAUUCAACCAUUGAAUUCUUCACUCGCUUAUUUAUUCAUCUAUAAAUUCGAUCAAAUUCCUCAAUUGAAUAGAUCCAUCAAACAAAUUGAUGGAUGGAAAACCUUUUGUCCUCUAGCGGAUUUGUCCAAUGAAGGCAUUUAUACAUAUUUCCUUGAUAAUCAACAAUCCGUGGGCCACACAGCGGUCGUGAUUGGUUUACGAGAAUUGAAUUCAACAGAACAAGAAACAAUGUGUUCGAAUUCAUCAUCAAUGACGAGUCCACCAAUUCGCGAUGAACCAGUUCGUUUCACAGCUGAUUACAAAUUGCGAAUCUAUUCGGCGUGUUGUUUUUACCGGCAGAAAUCCAAUCAAUGGAACUAUGAUGGAUUAAUCGUUGGACCGUUAACCAAUCGUUUUCAAACUCAAUGUCUAUCAACUCAUUUGACAAGUUUUGCUGGUGGAUUUGUUGUUUUACCGACACCAGUAAACUGGAGUUAUGUUUUUGCUAAUGCAGAUUUUAUGAAGAAUAAAACGAUUUAUUUAACCGUGAUUUGUGUGUUAGUCUUGUAUAUGAUCAUAACGAUUUAUGCGAGAUACAAAGAUCGAAAAGAUAUUGAAAAAUUGGGUGUGACACCCUUAGCAGACAAUGAUCAAUCGGAUGAAUACUUUUACGAAAUGAUCGUUUUUACCGGCCUACGAAAGGAUGCAGGAACGAAAUCCAAUGUCCAAUUUGUCUUAUCGGGUGAUGUGGAUGAUACAAAUAUUCGAACAUUAAGUGAUCCUCAUCGGAAAGUAUUUCAACGCGGUUCCGUCGAUGCCUUUCUAAUGGCUGUACCAAAGUCAUUGGGGUAUCUGAAUUGUAUUCGCAUCUGGCAUGAUAAUUCCGGUGAAGGAUCGGCAUCGUCGUGGUAUUUGAAGUAUAUCAUUGUUCAUGAUCUUCAGACGAUGGAAAAAUUCCAUUUUAUUUGUCAAAAAUGGUUUGCAGUUGAAAAAGAUGAUGGAUUGAUUGAGCGUGUUUUACCUGUUGCAAAUGACUUGGAAAAACAAGAAUUUUCAUUUGUUUUAGCAAAAAGUACAUAUCAUAGUAUUUCGGAUGGCCAUUUAUGGUUUUCAAUCUUUUCUCGUCCACCGUCAAAUCGAUUUACACGUGUUCAGCGUUGUACAUGCUGUUUCGUUUUAUUUAUUGUCUCGAUGUUCCUCAACAUCAUGUAUUAUGAUCUUUCCAAUGAAGCGAAAGCUAAAAGUUCAAAUUCUACUGGCAGUCUGUCGUUUGGUUCACUUUCCAUUGGUCGUGAACAGAUAACAAUUGGAAUCAUUGUGGAGUUAUUCGCUUUGGUGCCGAGCCUUUUACUUGUUCAACUAUUUCGACGUCUUCGACUUCGUCGAUCGUAUUUAUCACCCGUACAACAAGCUUUAUCCAAACUGAAACCAAAUUGGCCAUUGAAUGUUGAAAAACAGAAGAAAAGAAAAAGUUCGUUGACAUUCCCUUGGUGGUGUAUCUUUAUCGCCUAUGGGCUUUGUAUUGUUUUCGUCGGAGUUGCAAUCUUGUUUAUCAUCGCUCGUGGAAUUGAAUUUGGUGAUGAAAAAACCCAGAAAUGGCUGAUCUCAAUUCUAACGGGACUUUUCUCUUCAAUUCUUUUGACGCAACCAUUGAAACUUCUGAUUCUGGCGAUCGUUUUUGCCUGUUUUUGUCGUAAAUUGAAUGAAGAUAAAGAAGCACUUGAAUUUUUGGAUUAUGAAUCAUUGAAAUUGAACUUCGACGAAGAAUAUCUCCAUUUUCCAAAGAAGAAAUUUCGAAGUCUAAGUUAUGCAAAUCGUUUAACUGAAGCUGAAGUUGCCUAUGCUCGUGAUCAACGUUUAAAAGAACUUCGAAUGUGGUCGAUCAUUCGUGAAACAACUAUUUAUUUAUGUUUCUUAGCUCUUCUUUACACUGUCAUCUAUUCACACGAUCAAACCGAUCCUUCCCUUCAAGUUCGUCAUUUAAGAAGAUAUUUUCUCAAUUCACGGCAAAGCGAUUGUGAUUAUACCCAAAUCGCCACAGUGGAUGAUUAUUGGAAAUGGUUGCAAGAAAGUUUUGUUGUAAAUCUUCGCGCACAGCAGUGGUACAACGGUGAAACACCACGAAAUCUUUCCGGUUAUCUGAAUGAUAAAGCCAGUCGUUUGAUUGGAUGGGCAACUAUGAGACAAUUACGAAUUCGAACAAAAUCGUGUCCGAACAACGAAAAACAAAUCCAAGCGAUUUGUUAUGAAGAUUAUAGUUAUUCAAACGAAGAGAAAGAUUCUUAUUCACCUCAAUGGGCAAAUUUGACAACAAAAACGAAUUUCAGUUCGUCGAUUCGAAAGUCAUUUCAAUAUCAAACAAGUGAGCAAUCCGACACUUAUCCAUACGUUGGUGAUCAAGGGAUUUAUCCAGGUGGUGGUUAUAUUUAUGAAUUUCGUGGACGUUUCUCUGAACUUCAAAGUAAUUUAAGUGAACUUCGUCGACUGAAUUGGAUUGAUAAACAAACACGAGCUGUGAUUAUUCAACUUACUCUUUACAAUCCCAAUGUUCAUUUGUUCACACAAAUGAAUUUUAUUUUAGAAAUUUUAUCAACCGGUGGACUUUCGACUUUUUCACGAUUUGAACCUUUGGAUUUCUACGCAUUCACAUCAACAUUUCAAUUGAUUUGUAAUGUUUUGUACCUGGUAAUGAUCAUUUAUUUGAUGUGGAUCGAAAUUCAAUUGUUGAUUAAAUUGAAAUGGAAAGCAUAUAUUCAACAAUUCUGGUCGUGGAUUGAAUUAGGUAUUUUCGUUUGUUCAUGGACAAGUUUGGCUAUUUACGUUUGGAGAUACAAAGAAUGUCAAAGGAUUGGUCGAUUAUUCUCGGAAACGAACGGAUAUGUUUAUAUUAAUUUACAAAUGGCAUCGUACAUCAACAACAUUCUCGUUUAUCUUUUUGGCUUUUGUUGUUUGUUCGGAACGAUCAAAUUUGUGAAGCUGCUUCGUUUUAAUCAACGUCUUUGUUUAUUCAUUCAAACGUUACAUUAUUCCGCCAAUGAAUUAAUCUCGUUUUCAUUCAUGUUCGCAAUUGUCUUCAUGUCGUUUGUUGCGCUUUUCUAUUUAUUAUUUGUGUCUCAAAUAUCAUCGUGUGCAUCGAUCUUAUCAACUGCCCAGAUGUUAUUCGAAAUGACAUUGAUGAAAUUCGACACACAGGAGUUAAUUGCCGCUGCGCCGAUUCUCGGACCGUUGGCAUUUGCUUUGUUCAUUUUUAUCGUGGUUUUUGUCUGUUUGAGUAUGUUCAUAACAAUUAUUAACGAUAGUUUUCGACAGGCGAAAGAAAAUGCGGAAAAGGACAAUCAAGUGAUGUUGACAUUUAUGAUCAGAAGAUUUCAAAAAUUCAUCGGUUGGAAAAAAGUCGCGGAAGAUGAAAGAAGUGAAUUUCUACGUGCAAAAUAUGUCGAUCCAAUUGAAAAUUUUCCAAAGAAAGUCGAUCAAUUACUCACUGUGAUCACUCGACUUUAUUUGGAUGAAACUGAUGGUAAAUUGCAACUCUAG